AUAAACAAAAAAAAAAAUCUGUAUAAACUUCAUUACCAAACUCCUUAAAUCUCUCAACACACAAAACUCGUCACAAAUCCCUUCACUUUUGCGACACAAGAUUAUCACUAUUUCACACUAUUCAUGGCGGUUCAACUGUUGGAAACUCUUGAACAGUCCAUCACCGCCUACACCGGACUUUCUUCGGCGACUUUCAUCACUCUACUUGCGCUAUCUAUCGCCGGAUACUAUGCCGUCUCCGGCUUCUUCUCCGGAGACAAUCAUCCGCCGCCGCGGUCUAGGUCCUACGAAGAAGACAUGCAGCCGCUUCCGCCGCCGGUUCAGCUCGGCGAGGUUUCCGAGGAAGAGCUGAAAGGUUACGACGGUAACGAUCCGAAGAAGCCUCUGCUUAUGGCGAUUAAAGGUCAGAUCUAUGAUGUUUCGCAAAGCAGGAUGUUUUACGGACCAGGUGGACCUUACGCACUCUUUGCAGGGAAAGAUGCUAGUAGAGCUCUAGCAAAAAUGUCGUUUGAAGAGAAAGACUUGAACGGUGAUCUCACUGGUCUCGGUGUGUUUGAGCUCGAGGCAUUGCAAGAUUGGGAAUACAAGUUCAUGAGCAAGUACGUCAAGGUUGGGACCAUCAAGAAACCAGAACCCACACCCGAGCCAUCAACCAAUGAUCAACCAGCCGAGCCAUCCGCAACCGAACCUGCUGAACCAUCUGCAGCCGAACCUGCUGAACCAUCUGCGGCCAAACCUGCUGAACCAUCUGCAACUGAACCUGCCGAGCCAUCUGCAGCCAAACCUGCUGAACCAUCUCUAAUGGAACCUGCUGAGUCGACUGCAGCUGAACCUGCUGACCAUGUUCCAUCAGAAGUUGCGGUUGGAGAAACGAAGGAUGAGACUACAAGUGAAGCCAACAAACACGAGUGAUUUUGUUUGUGACGCCUUAAGCAAAAUAUGUAGUAUAUUGGUGUCCAUAAUCAUGACUUGUUGUCUAAUGGGUGAGGUAUACUCGUAUAUUUGGCAUAAAACAAGGACUAUGAUAAGUUAACAUUAUUUUCCAAUUUGUGUUUCAAAAUGAAUGUUGCAUCUGGGCUUGUAGUUGA